ACUAAAAACAUACUUACAAGCUACAAUGAAUGAAGGAAGGUUAAAUGGUUUGGCAUUAGAAACAAUAAAUAAAGACGAAUUAGAAUAUGAAAACAUCAAAAAAGAAAUAUUGAAUGCUUUCAUUACAAAAUCCCUUAGGAGGAUGAAAGUUACAAAUUGGACACAGUAA